CGGGCCGGGCGCGCUGAUUGGCCGGGAGCUAAGUAACGCGCCUCGCGAUUGGCCGGCAGCGCCGGGCCAAUGGACAGGCGGCUUGUUCCGGGGCAGGCGGCGAGCGAGCGAGCGAGAGCGAGCGGGGCCUGCCCGGAGGUGAGGCAGGCAUGGCGGCGCCGGCGGAGGAGCCGCUGCUGGCCGUGGAGCAUCGCUACGUCUGCUCCGAGUGCAGCCAGCUCUACGGCUCCCUGGAGGAGGCGCUGCUGCACCAGCAGAGCCACCUGGGCCCGGAGCAGCGCUACGAGGUGGUGGGGCUGGCGGGCGAGGCCGAGGCCGGGCUGUACCAGGCGCUGGCCGUGCAGGAGAGCAGCCAGUACCAGUGCCUGGAGUGCGGGCAGCUGCUGCUCUCCCCGGGCGAGCUGCUGGAGCACCAGGAGCUGCACCUCCAGCGGCUGAGCCAGGAGCCGGAGGCGCCGGCCAAGCUGCCGGCCUCCAGCCAGAUCCACUACGAGUGCGUGGAGUGCAAGGCGCUGUUCCUCAGCCAGGAGGUGUGGCUGGCUCACCGGCAGGCCCACCGGGCGCCCCCGGAGCCCCCCGCCCCCGAGGCGGCCCCCGCCGGCCAGAGCCAGGCGCUGGUGGACCUGGAGCACUCCUACCGCAAGCCGGAGGAGGCGGUGGCGGGGCCGGGGGGGGAGGCCUGCGCCGUGCAGCUGCUGCUCUACGAGUGCGGCGAGUGCUUGCAGCUCUUCCAGACGCCCAAGGACUUCCUGGAGCACCAGGCCACGCACCUGGGCGGGGUGGCCGCUGGGGAGCAGGCUGAGCCGCCCGCCGGCCCGGCGGAGCCCCCGCAGCCAGCGGCCGAGCUGACCGGAGCCGCGCCCGCCCCCUCGGAGCCCAGCAUCACCGCCAGCGACCACAGCUACGAGCUGAAGAACGGGCCGGAGCAGGCCACGGCUGCGCCGCGCCGGCCCACGCGGGGCGGCCCGGAGCCCUGGUGCGCCGAGUGCCAGCAGCCCUUCCCCUCCGCGCACCAGCUCCAGCUGCACCUGCGCGGCCACCGGCAGGGCGCCUUCCAGUGCCCGCUCUGCAGCAAGGUGCUGCCCAGCCCGCUGGCCCUCCGGCAGCACCGCGGCGAGCACAGCGGCGAGUCGUGCUACCUGUGCCUGGACUGCGGCCUGGCCUUCGACACCGAGGCCGUGCUGCUGGCCCACCGGCGCGGCCACUCCCCCAACCCCCUGCACCGCUGCCCCUGCGGCAAGGCCUUCCUCAACAUGACCAAGUUCCUCUACCACCGCCGCUCCCACGGCCCCCUGCCGCCCGCCCCGCCGGAGCCGCCCCCGCCCGCCCCGCCGGAGCCCCCGCCCCCGCCCCGGAAGCCGGAGGACGUGGUGCCGCUGGCCAUCAUCUACUCGGUGGAGAGCGCGGAGGCCCACGGGCCCAGCUUCUGCUGCCUGAUGUGCAGCAAGGUCUUCGCCAAGCACCUGCAGCUGGUGCGGCACCAGCGCUUCGUGCACAAGCUGGAGCGGCGCCACAAGUGCCAGACCUGCGGCAAGAUGUUCAAGAAGAAGUCGCACGUCCGCAGCCACCUGCUGACCCACACAGGCGAGCGCCCCUUCCGCUGCCAGGAGUGCGGCAAGAGCUUCAACUCCCAGGCCAACCAGCUGCGCCACCGGCUGACCCACACGGGCGAGCGGCCCUACCGCUGCGAGGUCUGCCAGAAGGCCUUCACCCAGUCCUCCACGCUGCAGCAGCACCGGCUGGUUCACAGCCGCCACUACCCCUACCAGUGCCCGGAGUGCGGCGUCCACUUCCACCGGCCUUACCGCCUGCUGAUGCACCGCUCCCACCACACGGGCGAGUACCCCUACAAGUGCCCGGAGUGCGGGCGCUCCUUCCUGCUGCGGCGCCUGCUGGACGUGCACCGGCUCAGCCACGCCGGGCGGGAGCCCCAGGUCUGCGGCGGCUGCGGCGCCGCCUUCGUCACGGCCCUGCAGCUCCGCGAGCACAAGUGCGGCAAGGGGAGCCGGCGCUUCGAGUGCCCCACCUGCGGGAAGAAGGUCAGCUCGGCCGCCCGGCUCCGCGCCCACGAGCUGCUCCACGCCGGGGCCGCCGGGGCCGUCCCGCAGGAGGAGGCCCCCGCCCCGCCGCCGCCGCCCGCCCCGCCCCGCCGGCCCGCCUGCCCCAAGAGCUUCGAGUGCUCCGACUGCAAGAAGCUCUUCAGCACGGAGACCUCGCUGCAGGUGCACCGGCGCAUCCACACCGGGGAGCGGCCCUACCCCUGCCCGGACUGCGGCAAGGCCUUCCGCCAGUCCACCCACCUCAAGGACCACCGGCGCCUGCACACCGGCGAGAAGCCCUUCAAGUGCGAGGAGUGCGGCAAGGCCUUCACCAUCGCCGUGCGGCUGGCCGAGCACCGGCGCAUCCACACCGGCGAGCGCCCCUACCACUGCGCCGACUGCGGCAAGGCCUAUCGCUCCUUCUCCAACCUGUGGAAACACCGCAAGCUGCACCAGCAGCAGCGCCUCCAGAACGAGCAGGAGGCCCUGGCCGAAGCCGCCGCCCUGGCGGCUGCCGCAGCCCCGGACUACGGCAACACCCUGACCAUCAUGGAGACGAUCGAGAUCUACCCCGCUGCGGCCACCGAGCCCGAGGGCGGCCGCCUGGAGAACGCUCAGCUGGGAGGGGUCUGAGCCGGGAGGAGGGGCCACGGCGUGGCAGAGCCCCCCCGCCCGCGGCUCCUGCCAGAGCUCUUGGCUGGUGGCCCCACGGCUUCUGUUCAAGCCGUGGCUGGGUCACCUGGGGUGACAGCUGCUUCUCCAGCUCCCCUCAUGGCCACGUCCCUGCGCUUGGGGCCACGCGGCUCCUCCCAGCCACGGCUCUGCUCCCCCCCCCCCUCGCCCACAGGGCACUUUCAUUUGCUUCUGUGGCUGCCCCCGCGGGCCGCGUCGCACUUGUGCAGCCACCCCCCCAUGGGGCUGCAGCUCCAGGAACACCCCCCGUGACGCCGCCCCAUCCCCGACAGCCGCACCCACCUCCCCCCGAGUAGCUGAGCUUGGACUGGAAGUAGCUCACUUUUUCUAUUGACCCCCCUACCCCAGCCAGCCCGCCCCCCCAACGUAAAUAACAGCCCCCUCUACUUUUGCUAACUGGACCCCUCCCUCGGGGGGUGUUUUGGUAUUUCGUGUCACAAUUAAAAAAUAAAUAAUCA